AUGGAGCUCUCCGACAUCUUCCGUAUCGUUAACUUGGCCGUUGGCGCCAUCACCGUCAUGGGUGGUAUCGGCUCCAUCUUCGCCUUCUCGCUUCAGGGCAUCGUCGUCGGCGUGUACAUGAUAGUCUUUGGCCUCUCCAUUGCCCUUCUUGAGUUCCAGAUCCCCCCCCAGAUCUCGAGAUACGCCUCGUUCCUCUUCUCGUUCCUCGGCCGAGGCAUCUUCUACAUCUUCCUCGGCUGCCUCAUCCUCGGCUCCCACGUCCUGCAGAAGAUUGCCGGUGGCAUCGUCGGUAUCGUCGGCAUCGGCUACGUCGUCCUCGAGUUCAUCCCCUCGAUUGAGCCCCCGAGCAACAUGCGCGAGGCCGACGUCGCUGGCUGGGGCGCCGAGCAGGUCUAG